AUGCCUUAUCCACCCGUCCCAAUCAAUAAUGGCUUCAACUUCACCAAAACCAUCCACCACGAUACGUACCCCGCAAUAGACUCCGCUCCCCAGGACCACAGCAAGCACUACAUCUUCAUCACAGGUGCAUCCAAAGGCGUUGGCCGUGUCCUCGCACUCUCCUACGCAAAAGCAGGCGCAGCCGGCAUCGCACUCGGCGCACGAUCCGACCUCGCAGGCGUCGAGCAGGACAUCAUCUCCACAGCACAGGGAGCCGGGAAAGCGAUUCCCAGAGUCCUGAAGCUCAAACUCGAUGUGACAAAUUGGGAUGACGUGGAGAAGGCCGCCAAAGCAACGGAAAGGGAAUUCGGGCGCCUGGAUAUCCUAAUCAACAACGCGGGGUUUCUAAGUGCUUUCGCGCCGAUCGUUGAUAAUGACCGGGAGGAGUGGUGGAACAAUUAUGAGGUUAAUGUUAAGGGUGUGUAUUUGAUGUGCAAGGUGUUCGUGCCACUGUUACUGAAGGGCGGGGAGAUGACUGUCGUUAACUUGACGAGUGCCGGGGCCCACGGUGUUGCUUAUGGCGGCAGUGGGUACCAGACUACGAAAUUUGCGCUCUUGAGAUUCACGGAGUAUCUUAUGGUUGAGUAUGGGGAUAAAGGGAUGUUGGCUUAUUGUGUCCAUCCUGGGGGUGUUCCUAGUGACAUGUCGAUCAAGAUGCCGGAACAGCUAUACAAAGCUGUUAUUAUUGAUAAGGCUGAGCUUGCUGGGGAUACGAUUCCGUUCUUGACGACUAUGAGAAGGGAUUGGUUGGCUGGUCGAUACAUUAGUGUGAACUGGGACAUGCAAGAAUUUUUGGGUAGGGAAGAUGAGAUUGUGAAGGGGGACAAGCUGAAGAUGAGAAUGACAUUUUGA